AUGAUCACGUGGCCGGUGUCCGCCGAGCAGUUUUACAAUGAGAAGUUGGUGACUGAUAUACUUAGAACUGGGGUUGCUGUUGGUUCUAAACAGUGGGCUUCAUUUGUAGAUGUGAAGAAGGAAGCCAGUGUGAAGAGGGAAGCCAUAGAGAAGGCUGUGACUCUAGUCAUGGUGGGUGAUGCAGCAGAGGAAAUGAGAAGCAGAGCCAGGACACUUGGAGAGAUGGCAAAGAGGGCUGUUGAAGAAAGUGGCUCAUCAUUCUCAGAUUUAACUGCUCUAAUUGAAGAGUUGAGGUCCCUUGGAGCUUAA